AUGACAAAAAUGAAAUUAAUCCAAGAGAAAGUUGUUAAUGCCAAGCAAGUUAAAUAUACAGAGCCCUCUGUACAUGAACUAAAGGAAAUUCAAGAGAAUGCAAAGGUUCAGGCAACUCAUAAGAAGUUUCAUUCUAAUGUUGGGUAUAAAGAAAAAAUUGAAGAAGUGAAUUCAAAAACAGUUUUGGAGGAUCAAUUAUCAAAGUUUGUGUGUGUGAUGACAAGACAGGAUGGUGGAGAGUAUUACACAACAUCUGUGUAUUUCGAUUUGAAUCAAGUAAUUAACAGAAAAUUGAAGACCCUUUUCAUGAAAGGUCUUGGUGAACAUGUCAAAGCUGAUGGGUUGACAUUAAUAGAAUUCUGUGAACAAUGGUAUUAUGCAUGUGCUCUGAGUAAGCGAAAGUUGAAAGAGUAUUUCAGAGUCAUAUAUGAAACUACAGAUAUUCAAAUUGGAUCUCGUAAUAUAUCAAAUCACUCGGGAAAAAAAACUGCUAUGCAGUUGUUAAAGGAGCUUGGAUACUCUGAUUCUGUUGUGAUGUCGAUUACUAGGCACAAGUCCCAAAAAGCUCCUGAUGACUAUAAUGACAAUGCCACUCCUGGUAAUUAUGAUGAACAUGUAGUACCAGUAUCUGAUGAUUUUAUUUUUGCAAGUUUGUAUCUUCGAUGUAAUGACUCCCAGGCUUCGUUGAUAAAUGCAUUUGAUGAUCUUGAAGUAUUUUCUGAUGGAUCAAGCAAUGUUUUGGCUAAGCAUAAUAAGAAUGUUCAUGAUACAGAUGAUGAAAAAGAGAAGGACAAGGAUGCAAAAAAGAAUAAUCAAAAAGAAAAGGUUAAAGGUGGUAAAAAGGAUUUAAAAAAUCUUGAAAUUCUUGAAAAAUUUCUUUCAGAAAAUACUUUUCAUAAUUUUAAUUCUGAAGUUUGUGAAGACAAGAAAGAUUGUAAUAAAGAUGAAAAAAAUUGUAAUGAUGAUAAAAAUGAAGACAAGAAGGACUGUGAUAAUAAUAAUGAAGAUAAGAAAACUGAUUGCUUAAGGACUUGUGAAAUAUUCAUAUAUAAUAAAAAAUCUAGACAAUUAGAACUAAUUGCAUUCAGUACGAAAGGCCAAUUUCAACGUGUUACGGUUACCUCUUCCAGAACACAUGAAUUUAUCCGGGCGAGAAAGGUAAUGUAG